AUCAGAUAUUAUAAACCUGAGGCCUCUGUAUCUAACCUCUGUAUUUAUCCUGCUCUCUCUGUGAGCUCAGACUGAAUGAGAUGAAGCUGCAUUCAACAUCAGCACUGACCAACAGCAGAGGAGAGAGUGCUGCAAAUUACAACUGUGCUGCAUUCACAGUCUCCUCGGAGAAUCCAGCUUUAAAAGUUUUAAAGUGUAUCUUCAACAUUUUCAUCAAUAAAAGUCACACACCACAACCGAGUACAUAUCAGAAUAUCUCACACAAUCUAUACAAUAAAUACAACCUCUAAAAAGAUGUUAAAAAUAGACACUCAAAGAUAAUGUGCAGAUAAAUCAGUAAAUAUUUGCAAUGAGAUAAUUCAAACAAAAAACUCCUGAUAUUUAUAUGUGGAAUCUGUCUGAUGAUAUAAUCCUGUUUAUUGUGUAUUUUGGAGUAAAGUCACAGCUGCAUGAUGUGACCAUAAAUCAGCUAAAAUCCUCUAAAUCAUUUUAACAUUCACGCAAAAAAAGUAAGAAAAGAAAAGAAAAAGAAAAAAGAGACAAAGAACAGAAACAAAGAAAGAAACUUACGGGAUCAUCUCUGUGAGUAUUUAUGUAAAAAGUUGAAUAUGGUGGUCGAAAGUUUCAAAAAUACGGUAGCGUAAGGGGUACCUGAAGGCAUCACGGUAUGGUCUGCGUCGCUGUUGCUCUUGAACGCAGCACGUCACUUCUUCCACCAUAACAGACAAAGUGUAACCGGAGCUGAACAGAAGGCGCAGCCCAGAGUGACUGACAGCUGUUUCAACCAAUGAGAGGCUGAGAGGGAGAGGGGCCCCUCCCCUGGGAGAAAAAUCAGGAUGACGAGCCUCCACCUGAGUGCGAAGGAGGAGAUGGUGGAGAAGUUCCUGGAUGCUGCAGCCAGAGGACACGUGAGCGAGGUGUCCACGCUGCUGUCUCACGUCCCCUCACUCAUCAACCAGACCGGAUACAGCGGCUGGACGGCGCUGAUGCUCGCCGCCCGCAAUGGACACUACAGUGUGGUGGAGACGCUGCUGUCACAUGGCUGUGAUAAGUUCUCAGUGAACAGUUCGUCUCAGACCGCCUACGAUAUCGCCAAGUUCUGGGGCCACAGACACAUCUGCAACCUGCUGGGCCGGACGGACGACGGCUGCCGGCGAGUCCUGCUGGGCUCCGACCUCGGCCAGCAGGAAAACUACUUCAGCAGAGAGACGCUGGACCGGCUGAGCGGGAAGAGGACUGACAAGGUGUGGUUAGAGGCCAAACAGAGCGACCCACACACAGUCUACCUCGUGUUCUCCAGCCUCAGCCCCAUGGUCAGCAGCUCCCAGGAGGACCACAGCACAGGGGGUGAGACCAAGCUGUGUCGCUUCAGAUAUGAGGCAGUUGAAGACCUUCUCCAGAAACCUGCGACUGUGCUCAUCUUCCUCGGAGUGGAGAAGAGGAAAAAGCCCUCCUCCUCCUCCUCUCAGACAGAGGAGGGUGUGCAGGAGCCUCCAGCCUGGUUUGCCCUCAGCACAGAUGAAGACGCAGCUGAACUUCUUAAACGCUGCAGAGAGAAGAACUGCUCCUUCCCAAAGUCGCCCAACAGAGACCUGCUGAAACUCAGCGAGGACGAGGCCGGAGUGGUGGCUCAGGCUCGGUCGGUGUUGGCCUGGCACAGCCGCUACAGCUUCUGUCCGACAUGUGGGAACAGCACCAAGCUGGAGGAGGGAGGCUACAAGAGGAGCUGCCUGAACUCCGACUGCAGGAGCCUGCAGGGGGUUCACAACACCUGCUACCCACGAGUCGACCCAGUGGUCAUCAUGCUGGUGAUCCACCCUGAUGGAAACCAGUGUUUACUGGGAAGGAAGAAGAUCUUCCCUGUUGGCAUGUUCUCCUGUCUGGCUGGAUUCAUCGAGCCGGGGGAGUCGAUCGAGGACGCCGUGAGGAGGGAGGUGGAGGAGGAGAGCGGCGUGAAGGUCGGCCCGGUUCAGUACGUCUCCUGUCAGCCCUGGCCGAUGCCCUCCAACCUCAUGAUCGGCUGCCUCGCCGUCGCCAUGUCGACUGAAAUCAGAGUGGACGAGAACGAGAUCGAAGAGGCUCGGUGGUUCCCGCGGCAACAGGUGACUGACUCCUUGUUCAGAGGAGUCCGUGCAGCCUUAACCGUCCCUCCCAGACAGACCAUCGCCCACCAACUGAUCAGACACUGGAUCGGCAUGAACUCUAACCUCUGACCUCCAGCCUUUGGCACCUUUCAGGCAUCUGAACUCCAGACAGAUCAGGUCUACUGCUUUCUAAACCAGCUUCAAGUUGAGGGGAAAUAUCUCAGACACUCCGACUUGAAAGCAUCAGUUACUUCAACAGGUUUGAACUCACACCUGGGAACCUGCAGUGUGAGGAUGGAUCAUAUAAAAGACAACAGUGCAAAGGUUGGGGAGAAAUGGUGAAAGUGCUCACUGGAUAUUAUAACAGACACAUAGAGAAAGCUGUCGUCUGCAAACAGCAGCAGUCAGUUUGUUCCAGACGCAGCUCUGAGCAGAACAACUAAACACAUUUCACAGAUAAAUUAUGUCAACACCACAGACACUUCCAACACAGCAACAUUUUAUUGUUGAUGAAUAAUUUAAAGGAAAAAAAAAACUGUUUAAUGUUAAUAAAGUUUGAAGAUUUAUGUUGAACACCUGUAAUUCGGUUCUUUGCAGUUUCAAAAAGUAGCUUAACUAUGAUAUUAAACAGUUUCUUGCUGUUAUAAUAGGGAUCAUUAUACUACACAUCUAUUAAAUGUAGUUUAAUGCAGUAUUCAAGAGAACUGACUGAUGGCACAAUGAAAAGAAGGUUGAUUUUCCCUGAUAAGGAUGAUAAAUUAGUUAAAACAACAAAAUCUCUGAUGAUUGACAUGUAACGGUUUUAUAAACCGGAAAUUUAGUAGCUUAAUGUUUGUGAUUCUUCUUGACCAUGGCAACAAACAUGACUGUUAAUACUGUAAAUAUACUGUAUGUAUGUUAACAUGCUAACAUGAUAAACACUACAUACAAACUGUA